UCAACAAAAUACCGGACAUUUCCAAGCAGUCAGUUCCUUAACGGAAAGUGAAGAAGCAUGGCUUCGCGAGACAAGGACCCAUCCGCUCCGCACCAUCAUCAACCUCUCUUAAGCAGCCUCGUUAUUCGGCCCUCCAACAGUGACGGCGGAGGCGGUGGCGGCGGCAGUGGAGGCCGCGGUGGCGAUUACGAGACCGGCGAGGUUCACCGUGAUUCACGUCCUCCCUAUUCCCGAUCCGAUCGAUACGCCGAUGACCCGGGAUAUAGAAUUCGUGCAGGUUCUCUCUCCCCUGUUCAUCGUAGAGAGGCAGAUCAUCGCUAUGGUUCUGAUUAUAAUCAUUUGUCUCGAAGUCGUGGAUAUGGUGGGGGGAGGGACCCUGGUAGGUAUAGAGACCCAUCACCCCCCUAUGGUCGAGGAAGAGUUGGUGGCAGGCCAAUGGGUAGAGCUUUUGGUGGGCCUGGCUAUGGUCCUGGACCAGUCAGAGGGGAAGGCAUUGGAAGAAACAAUCCUAAUGUGCGUCCCAGGGAGGGAGACUGGAUUUGUCCUGAUCCUCUAUGUGGCAAUCUUAACUUUGCGAGGCGGGACUACUGUAAUAACUGUAAUAGGUCUCGUCCUGCGCCUGUUGAAAGUCCAAGGAGGGGUUAUCCUGGUCCACCACCACCACUUCAUGCUCCUCCUAGACGCUUCCCUGGACCUCCUGUGGACCGUUCCCCAGAAAGGACCAUAAAUGGUUAUAGAUCUCCUCCUCAUGGAUUGGGAAGGGAUGGCCCUAGAGAUUAUGGACCUGCUGCUGUGCCUCCCCUCAGGAAUGAAGGCAGGUUUCCAGAUAGCAUGCGGCGAGAGCGGAUGGAUUAUAUCGACGAUGCCUACAGGAGAAACAAAUUUGACAGGCCACCACCAGUUGACUGGGACCAUAGGGAUCGCGGUAGAGAAGGUUUCACCAAUGAAAGGAGGAGAUUUGAGAGGCGGCCACUAUCCCCCCCUCCACCUAUAUUACCAUCACUUCCUCCUCAACGUGGUCGGUGGGCACGUGAUGUGAGACAAAGGAGCCGCUCUCCAAUCAGGGCUGGUCCGCCACCCAAAGAGAUAUACAUGGACCGUGUCAGAGAUGAUCGUCGAGGUGGCAUGGACGAUCGUCGAAGGGACAGAAUUGGAGGAAUGUAUUAGCUAGGUUCUGUGGUGAAAUGAGAUUCUAGUUUAAAUAGAUGUGGAUAUUAUUAGAGGUUGAUGGUUCUUUUCCAUGGUCUCUGAGAAACAGUCAAGUAAACCCUUUUGGUUUGACAUUUUAACAGUAAAUGUUAACGGUUUAUGGUUUGUCUGCU